UUAGCCAUGUUGCCAGGCUGUUGCCAGGUAUUUAUGCUUGGCAAAUAGCGCGAAUCUGUAGUAGACAUUUUUCACAGCCCCAAAUCGGAGCUAAUAAGUGGAAAUAUUUUCGAGUUAUGCCAGCGAAUCUGCGGCCCAACACAAAUGGCAAUUCGCCCGAGGAUUGGCAUGUCUUUGAGCUCCUAUGUGGAAAGGCAUCGUUGUCGACAUCGUUGCCGUCCUCAUUGCCAAUGUCACCGGUACCAGCAACAAUCGCUGCACGCUCCAAUGUUAUGCUCGACAACUCAUGUGGCAACACAGGGAUUACAGUUACAGAGCAUCAUCACGGCAUCGAUGUGACGACAACGUUGCGCAGUGAAUUGGCUGCGUUGACCUACAAAAAGGAGCGUCUAACCAGCGAGCUAGCUGAAACCCGCGGCGCAUUGUGUGGUCGCGAAUCGGAUGUGGAGAAUUUGCGAGCACAGGCAGCACGCCAGACGGCGUUGAUUGCGUCGCUGCAGAGUCGCCUCCAAACGGCAGAGAAUCGGGAGCAGUCGGUGCAGGCGCGUUGCGACAACACGAUACACACCGUGCAGCGGGAAAAGCGUUGCUCGGAUGAGCGCAACAAGGAGCUGUUGUGCAAAAUUCAGCAUUUGGAGUCGCAUGCCGCCACUGAGGAGGCCCAGAAGGAGCAAGCCAAGGGCCAGCUGCACGAUCUGCUGCGCCGCUUGAGCGUCUGCUUGGGGAUGGAUGUGUGCGAGAGCAAUCCGAAUAAUCAUGCGACGCCAGAGUGUGUUGUCUCCCGUACCGAGGAGGUGAUGAUUGAGUUGCAGCGUGCCAAGGCCAAGGUCACCUCCACCUGCGAUACGCUCAGCUCCUGUGAGAACGAGCUACUCAAUCUCAAGUCGCUGGCGAACAUUGAGAAGCAGCGUCUGAGUGCCCAGCUCGACGGUGCAGGCAAUCACAAUCAUGAGCUGGAGGGGCGUUGCCGACAAUACGAACGGGAUUUGCAGUUGCAACGGGAUCGUCUAACCGAAUCGGAAAUCAAUGGCGAGAAACUGAAGGAGGAGCUGCGUGGAUUUGAGUCGCGUUGUCAUCGUCUUCAAAACAAUCUGGAUCGCAUUCAGUCGGAUCGUCUGCAGUUCCUGCGCACACUCAGCCAUCUGCUCAAUGUGCCCGAGCCCUGCGAGACUCUGAUCAAGGACAAGCUGCGAGAGCUCCUCGGCGAAAAUCAGGCAAUGCAAGCGCAAAUGCAUUCACUGCGUGAUCAGCUGAGCAACGAGCACGAGAAACUGAAGGAGGCACACGAAUCGACGGAAUGCCGCCUGCGUUCGGGCGAAGCACAGAAAUGUGAGCUGUCGGAGAGACUGGAGAAAUGCCACGCUGAAAUACAUACACUGCGCAAGGAACAUAUGGGUCUGUCGGAGUUCCUGCAGCGACUGGCAGGUGCACUCAACUGGAGCGAGUGCUCGGCACCACCGGCUCUGGGCACCGAUACAAAUCUCAUGGCGGAGAGUCUGUUGGAGCGUGCCGAGCGCCUGGCGUCGCAUUGUGAGCAUGAGGUGGCUGUUGUUAUGGACAAGGGAAGCUGCUGCGAUCAUCAUCAUCAUCAUCAGCAUCAUUCGGGGCAUCAUGGUGGUCAGGGCAAGCUGCGUCGCGAAAGAUCCUGCCACGAUAUACCCCUGAAGGAGAGCAGCAGCGUUUACAAUUUGCAGCGUCGCGUUCGCGUUUUACGGGAGCAAGUGCAGCGUCGGGAUUUGCAUUUGGAGCUGCUGCGUCGCAAGCUGGCCAUCAUUGAGGAUGGGGCAAGGGGCAAGUGCAUGUUGCAGGGGGAGCGUGAUGAGGCUGUUUGUCGAGCCAAAAAGGCCGCCAAACAGGUGGACAAGUUGAGCGCACAGCUUGCCGAUGCACGCUCCCAAAUCGCUGAGGUCAAGGCCCAGCUGGCGGAGGCCGUUGAGUACAAGAUCACAUCGUUGGAGCGGGCACGCAAAAUCGAUGAGUUGACCACACAGAUCUGUGAUCUGGAGGAUGAGAAAACCCGACUGCUCUCCCAGCUGAAUGCAAUGAAGGAGCGGUUGAAGUCCUCCUGCGAGUCCAAUCAAAAUCGACGCUGUCGCGACGAGGCCUUAAUCAAUUCCUUGCGUGACGAUGUGAGUCGCCUCAGUGCACAGCUUUCGGAUGCAAACCAAAGGCUCUCACAUUUGCAAUCCUUCCGCACUUCGGUUGCUCGCACUCUGCACUUGAGGGAUCUGCCCGAAACGGAUUUGCUGCAUCGUUUGCAGGCACUGUGCUCAGCCCACCAGGAGUUCACGCUGCUCUCGAAGCGCUUUGAGACUGCCUCCCCAGUUGGGGAUCAUCCAUGUCCGCGAUUUGAUGAUCCUGUGCCGCCCUCUAGCCACUGUCGCCCACCGCGUGAUCUGAGUCCAAAUGCAACGCAUCAUCAUCAGAGUCACGCCCACUCUCAUUCGCACUCGCAUGGCCACGUCCAUGGGCGGCAGCAGCAGCAUCAGCAGCACAGGCAGCGCAGCAAGAGUCGCGAUAAGCGUCUCCACGACGAAUGCUUUGAUUCGGAUGUGCAUCGAUUGCAUCACGGUUGCAAGGAUCAGUUGCUGGGCAAUAAUUCUGGUGGCAGUUGCGACGAGGAUUACGACUUUAAAAGCAAAUAUUGUUAGUCCGACAGUUUUUCGAUCCUUAAAUGUAUAUUCCACAUUUUUGAUAACCUACUUUAAUAAAUAAUAAAUGUAUUUUA